AUGGCAGCCAAGAUUAAGAUCGGAAUCAAUGGGUUUGGAAGAAUUGGGCGAUUGGUGGCUAGAGUUGCUCUUCAGAGGGACGAUGUGGAGCUUGUUGCUGUCAACGACCCCUUCAUCUCCGUUGAUUACAUGACCUACAUGUUCAAGUAUGACAGUGUUCAUGGCCAGUGGAAGCACCAUGACCUCAAGGUUAAGGAUGAGAAAACCCUUCUCUUUGGUGAGAAGCCCGUCAGGGUUUUUGGUAUCAGAAACCCAGAAGAGAUCCCUUGGGGUGAAACCGGUGCCGAUUUUGUGGUGGAGUCCACUGGAGUGUUCACUGACAAGGACAAGGCCGCUGCGCAUUUAAAGGGUGGUGCAAAGAAGGUCAUUAUUUCAGCACCAAGCAAGGAUGCACCUAUGUUUGUUGUUGGUGUCAAUGAGAAGACAUACACACCAGAUCUCAAUGUUGUUUCUAAUGCUAGCUGCACCACCAACUGCCUUGCUCCUUUGGCAAAGGUAAUUAAUGAUAGGUUUGGUAUUGUCGAAGGUCUUAUGACAACAGUCCACUCUAUUACUGCCACGCAAAAGACUGUUGACGGACCGUCUGCCAAGGACUGGAGGGGUGGAAGAGCAGCCUCAUUCAACAUUAUCCCUAGCAGCACUGGAGCUGCAAAGGCUGUUGGGAAAGUUCUUCCAGCACUGAAUGGAAAACUAACUGGAAUGGCCUUCCGUGUCCCGACCGUUGAUGUUUCUGUCGUUGAUCUUACUGUGAGAUUGGAGAAGGCAGCUACAUAUGACCAAAUCAAGGCAGCUAUCAAAGAGGAGUCUGAGGGAAAUCUGAAAGGAAUCUUAGGAUUCACUGAAGAUGAUGUGGUGUCCACCGACUUUGUGGGUGACAGCAGGUCAAGUAUUUUUGAUGCCAAGGCAGGAAUUGCCUUGAGUGAUACUUUUGUCAAGCUUGUUUCGUGGUAUGACAAUGAAUGGGGCUACAGCACACGCGUAGUUGAUUUGAUCAAACACAUUGCCUCCACUCAGUAA